AUGAGACCGAUCAUGCUGCACAAAGCAUCUCGAGUUUUGACUGCAGUAACUGUACAUUUAUUGUCAGACUUAGAAACUCUUGAGAAUGAUUUCACCUAUCCAGAUAUUCGUACGGAAUACGAAGAAAAAUAUUACACUUCGCACGGUAUCGCGGCGACUUUGUUGAAGGAAAUCCUUUCCUCAACAAACAAUUCAAUUCAAUCUAACGCCUCGUUGUCUUCGCUAAACGUCAUACAUGAAAAUUCCACGAACAUCGUUCAAGGUUCAAAAAAGAAUCUUCCUCGUGUUAAUUUGCCUUCAUUUGGUGGAUCCUACGAAUCUUGGUUAGGAUUUCACGAUCUUUUUAAAUCCCUUGUCGAUGAUAAUAAAGACAUCCCUGAAAUCGAAAAAUUAUACCAUUUGAAGGGCUGUCUAAAAAAUGAAGCUGCAGAAGUUCUCGCGUCCAUUGAAUUAUCGUCGGACAAUUACAAGGUCGCUUGGGACUUGCUGAAAGAGCGUUAUGACAAUCGUAAAAUUAUUCGCCAAACUCACGUUAAAGCACUAUUAAAUUUACCAUUUAUUUCGAAAGACUUCCCCGUUCGCUCGUUGGUCGAUCAAAUUCAAAAACACAUUAGAGCACUUGACGCCUUGAAAGAACCUGUAAAUCAAUGGGGCACUCUUUUAGUUGAAAUUAUUAAGCCCAAAUUAAAUUCGUUCAUCCGUGAAAAGCGGGAAGAGGCUAGCUGUGAUUCCGAUAACCCCACGUUCAAGGAAAUGUUGACCUUCCUGCAGCGCCGUGUUCAGUUCGAAGAUAACAAAUUUUAUGAAGUAACAGGAAAAUCUCAAAUCGUGUCGGAUAAAAAACUAACAGGUUCUCGCGUUAAUAAUAAUCAACGUUCGCAGCACGCUUUUGUGACCUCAACGACAAAAUCUCCCUGUGCUUAUUGUCAGGGGGAACACUCGAUAUAUAGUUGCGAAUCGUAUAAAAAAUUGGCACCUUCCGAGCGUUUUGAAGCCGCAAAAAAAGCCGAGCUCUGUCUAAAUUGUUUGCGUCCAAAUCACCGCGUUGCUGACUGCACCGGCUCUCCUUGUCGUAAGUGCCGUAAAAGGCACAAUAUUUUACUGCAUUUUGAAAGACAGUCUGCAAUAGAGAAUGCGGUCUCAGAGUCGUUCCCUAAAAGCCAGUCUCUUAUCAAUAUGCUCGCUCAAGUUUCCUCCGAGGGUUUGCUUGCCACCGCGAUUCAGUUUCAGCAACAUUGA